AUGCAAGCGUCUCGCUCUCGAAUAUUGCGCUGGGCGUCUCCCUUUUGCCCCACAUGGAGUCAAAUAUCGAGAGCAGGCCAGCAUAAGUCAUGCGUUCACCACAUCUCAACGCGCCCAUCGACGGCUCGGCCAGGGCCAUUUGAGCUCACUAGGAGCUUCUCUUCGUCCGUACGAAGUAACUUCAUGCUUGAGACAGACUCUACGAUAUAUGCUCUAUCCACAGCAUCAGGUAGAGCUGCGAUUGCUGUCGUACGGGUUUCUGGACCCGCCUGCGUCGCUAUCUAUAAUGCACUUUGCCCACAAAAGCCCAUCCCCAAGCCGCGUUUCGCUGCAUUACGUACCCUUUACGACCCGUCGCAUCCUCCAUCUUCCAACACAGUCCUAGACGCGGGCGCACUAGUCCUUUACUUCCCAACACCGAAAACCGUGACGGGCGAAGAUAUCCUCGAAUUCCAUAUUCACGGAGGGCCGGCAAUUGUAAAGGCGGUUCUUGCCGCAAUUGGACGGACGAAUCAACCCGACGCGAUCGUACGUUAUGCCGAGCCGGGCGAGUUUACACGACGGGCUUUCAUGAACAAUCGGCUUGGUCUUCCACAGAUUGAAGCGCUGGGUGAUACAUUAUCUGCAGAUACAGAGCAGCAGCGACGUCUGGCAGUUCGAGGGUCUAGUGAUGCGCUACUGAAUCGAUAUGAGGAGUGGCGCCAGCAGUUACUCUAUGCGCGUGGCGAGCUAGAGGCUUUGAUCGACUUCUCUGAGGACCAGCACUUUGACGAAUCAACUGAAGAUCUCAUCUCAUCGGUAUCUACACAGGUUCAGGCAUUACAGGUACAAAUUGGGCUUCACAUUCAGAAUGCCUCGAAGGGAGAACUACUUCGUAAUGGGAUUCGUGUUGCACUUCUGGGAGCUCCAAAUGCUGGCAAGAGUUCUCUAUUGAAUCAAGUCGUGGGCAAAGAAGCAGCGAUUGUGAGUACGGAAGAGGGGACGACCCGUGAUAUUGUGGAUGUUGGCGUUGAUCUGGGUGGUUGGUAUUGUAAGCUCGGGGACAUGGCAGGCAUUCGGGCCGAGUCAAAGGGCACUGGGUCUGCAGACUCGGUUGUCAUCGGAGCGGUCGAAAAGGAAGGGAUUCGUCGUGCGAGAGCACGGGCGCUGGAAUCCGAUGUUGUAAUUGUUGUGCUCUCAGUCGAGGAAACCGCAGGCGGUCCUCGUUUAUCUGUGGAGUUCGAGGUUCUUGAUGCCGUUAAUGAUUGCGUCCAGGCUGGGAAAUGCCUUGUAAUUGCUAUCAACAAGUGCGACAAGCUUCCAAACUCGAAUAUUAAUGACACGCUACCGCAGGAUCUGGCAGAUACCAUUCGAGACCUUUUCCCGAGUGUUCCAGCUAAACGAGUCUUCGCCAUCUCCUGCGACGAGUCUCGACUCGGAUUUGUCUCCACAGAUCGAGUUGAUCCUGGCAAUCUGCAGCAGUUCCUACGCGGACUGAUCUCCACAUUCGAGGAAAUUGCUUCGCCAUUGGCCAUCGAAGGGGACCAGAAUAGCCAAUAUGACACUUCGUAUUGGGAAGACUCACUCGGCGUAACUCACCGACAGAGUUCCAAUUUGCAGCUAUGUCUCGAACAACUGGAAGACUUCAUUACGCAAACCUCCAAGCCUAUUUCAGAUCAUGCCGAGUUCCCGAGCAAUGCCCUGUUUGACUCUGCUGGAUCCGAGGUUGACAUAGUCACUGCUGCCGAGCACUUACGAUUCGCAGCCGAUAUGCUAGCCAAGAUCACCGGCAAAGGGGAGAGCGGAGACGUCGAAGAUGUUCUGGGUGUUGUUUUUGAAAAGUUCUGUGUUGGAAAAUGA